AACUAUUGACAGCUUGCACCCGCCGUUGCUUAUCAUGUCAAUAUUAUAACCUCACUUUCUGUUUUCAAAACGUGUUUUUCUUCAAAACAUUUUCCAAAUACAAUGGCAACACAAUUUUCAAAAGACGGUAAACACUUCGCCAGACUAUCGACGAAUGGUAAACUGAAGCUAUGGGAGACGUCCACCAGCUCCUUCCUACAAGAAUUUACACCCGAUUUUCACUUAACUUCACCAUGCACUUGCCUUCACUUCGUUCAAAGGGACUCGUCGGAGAAUCACGUUCCGCGGAAGAAGAAACGCAAAGAUUCUACGAGUACGUCGUUACCCGCCAUUGCGUUAGGUACGUCCACAGGAAAACUGUUGGUGUAUUCCAUAAGUAAGGGAGACCUAGACUACACGAUCGACAGCGAGACUAGCCUCCCAAUAAAGUGUAUGUCGUGGUGCGACGGUGCUAUUUUAUAUUCCGCCAUCGAUCAAAACAUCGUGAAAUGGAACUUGGAGAAGAGAUGGGUGAAAAGCAAGUGGAAGGUGGGCAACGAAAUUAUAACCUCAAUCUUAGCGUUGCCCUACAACAAAGUAAUGGUAGGCGCCAAAAUGUUAAAGUUAUGCGACGCGUCGACGCAAGAAGUCCUGCGCACCUUCACCGGGCACACUCAUGACGUCGUCUUCCUAAAUUACCUCAGUCCUAGCAGCGGAGGCGACACGUACGUGAUAAGCGGCUCGAGCGGCGACCGAUUGCUUACGGUGUGGAAUGUUAGCGAAGGAUCUGAAGAGAAGACGGGCGUCGCGAAUUUUCUAAUGGACGACGUGCCCGCCUACGUGUCGACGUUGUGCUCGGAGGGGUCGUCGAAUGUCGUCGCCGUGACGCAGGGCGGCGUUGCGCACUUUUACAAACACACGCUAAAUGGCAAAUGCAGUAAACCGCUCAAACCCAGAACAAAAAUUCAGGUGGCCUCUCACUUAAUUCAGAAGCAAACGGUUAGCCUGAUACCGAUCGUCGGCGCGCGUCUCAACGACGAUCUGUCGCUACUGCUCGGCUACGGAAACGAAGUGCUGCUAACAUUCGAGAAUAUAGACAUAAGCGACAAUGAGAAAUUGCAGACGUUAGUGCGAGAGGAUCGCAAUUUGACCAAGGCCGGUCACAAUGCGAUAGCAAAGACCCAGACGCCUUUAGUGGACAAUGUCCAUUACUUAACGCCGCACGCGUCUGGUACGUUCAAGAGGAAAAGCGACGGACGGCAAGAGGUGCCCAUGGAAAUACGUCUCGAGAAUUUAACCCUAAACAAGCUGGACAGUAAGUCGAAAACACCUCGAGUGAACAAUGUAGCACAGUUACUUGUACAGGGAUUGCACAGUAAAAAUAAAACGAUACUCGCUAGCGUACUAAACGGAAAUCACGACGAGAGCGUCAUCAAGAACACAAUUAAGAGGCUUCCGGUGCCCGUCCUUCUACCACUUGUACAAGAACUGACCGCCUUAAUUCAAGGCACGACUGUUCCGAGCCAAUACGGAUCCGUGUGGUUGAAACACCUCCUCGAAGUUCACGCGGGAAUAUUCCUCUCCAAUCCCGACCUGCCAAACAUGCUCGGGCCAGUCUUGGGCUCCAUAGAAAGUCGACUGUCCCUGCUGACGCCGCUCAACAGACUGAAAGGACGCCUGGACCUGCUGGUCUCGCAGGUCGCGAACGUGACGGCCGCCGAAGAGGACAAGGAGGAGGACGCCCUUCUCGUUUACAACGAUAAGGGCCUCAGCGAUUCGGAAAGCGAAAUUAUGGACGUCGCGCCGCAGUCCGAAAGCGAAAACGAGUGGAACGAAGACAGUGAAGUGGGCGAAAGCAACGCCGAAGAGUCUGAUAACGAUAUUGAGAUGUUAUAAAUUUUUUAACUGCAUAUUUUUGUCCUUUUUGUUAUUUGAAUGAUGCGCAAAUUGUAAAGAAAUUUGUAUUAUUUUAAUACACCCUGUAAAAAUG